UCACUGAUGGGCUGCCUCCUGCAGGGCCCCUACUGGGGAUUGAGCCCACAACCCAGGCAUGUGCCCUACUGGAAAUCGAACCCUGUCCUGGUUCUUGGGUCGAUGCUCAAGCACUGAGCCACACCAGCUGGGCUGAGGUCACAUUCUUGAUGGCCUGGAGACUCACACCCUGACUCAGAGCUCACCUGCCUCCAGUGCCCAGAUGGACUUUGGACUUUAAUCCAAACACUCUCUGCAGUUCUGCACUCACCUACGGGACGGCACAACAGAGCGCCACAAGGCCAAGGUCUGGAGAGGUCAGGGAGGUCGGCCCCACUCCGGCCCUGACUCGGAAGCAUGGAGCUGGUCCAGGACACCUCCCGCCCGCCACUGAAGUAUGUGAAGGGGGUGCCUCUCAUCAAGUACUUUGCAGAGGCAAUUGGGCCACUGCAGAGCUUACAACCCAGGCCCGAUGACCUGCUCAUCAGCACCUACCCCAAAUCUGGCACCACCUGGGUGAGUGAGAUUCUGGACAUGAUCUACCAGGACGGCGACUUGGAGAAGUGUCAGAGGGCUCCCAUCUUAACCCGGGUGCCCUUCCUUGAGUUCAAGGGUCCAGGGUGUCCCACAGGCAUGGAGGUUCUGAAAGAUACACCAGCCCCACGGCUCCUCAAGACACACUUGCCCCUGGCUCUGCUCCCACAGGCCCUGCUGGACCAGAAGAUUAAGGUGAUCUAUGUUGCCCGGAACGCCAAGGAUGUGGCUGUCUCCUAUUACCACUUUUACCGCAUGGCCAAGGUGUACCCUGAGCCUGGCACCUGGGACAGCUUCCUGGAGAAGUUCAUGGCUGGGGAAGUGUCCUAUGGGUCCUGGUACCAGCACGUGCGGGAGUGGUGGGAGCUGAGGCACACCCACCCUGUUCUCUACCUCUUCUACGAGGACAUGCAGGAGAACCCCAAAAGGGAGAUUCGGAAGAUUCUGGAGUUCGUGGGCCGCUCCCUGUCAGAGGAGACCGUGGAUCACAUUGUGCGGCACACGUCGUUCAAGGAGAUGAAGAAGAACCCCAUGGCCAACUACAGCACCUUACCCGUGGAGAUCAUGGACCACAACAUUUCCGCCUUCAUGAGGAAAGGCAUCACGGGGGACUGGAAAACCAUGUUCACUGUGGCCCAGAAUGAGCGCUUUGAUGCCCACUACGCUGAGAAGAUGGCAGGCUGCAACCUCAAGUUCCACACAGAGCUUCCCAGGCUGCCCUGGUGCACCUGCCUGUCACAGCCCGUGGCCCAGUGGACCACACCAGGCUGAGGCUACAGGCUCCCCGGCAGGAAGACAUGACUGCUGCUCCCAGGAACCCUCACUCCACCUGGUCAAGGAACACCCAACUAACUUGUCGUCUCUAACUCACCGAUCCG